AUGUUCAUGAUCAUUCGAGAGCCGUCCGCCGCAGUAGGCGGUGCUGGAGCGAUGAGCGCGCCACAGGAGAGGAGUGCAAAGCAGGUGCUUCCUCCAUCCCCUCCUCAGGUGCAGGCCGCCAUCAAGAAGAAGUUGGAGAAGCAGAAGAAGCGAACCAACGACGGUGGUGUUGCAGACAUCCAAACUGUUACAACUCCUCACCAGAAACCUAGUCAGUUCCCCCCAGCAGCGGCUGCUGAGGAUGACAGAGAGUUGCUGGACGAGGAGCUGGAGGAGCUGAUGGAGGGACCACACAGGAGAGAGAAGGAGAAGGAGGAGGAGGGGGAGCCCGUCGACCUGCUGCCCAUCGUUGACUCUGUGUUUGGACAGGACAGAGAGCUGAGACCAGAGGAGAUAGACGAGCUCCGUGAGGCAUUUGUGGAGUUUGAUAGGAACAAAAAAGGCUACAUCAGUCACAAAGACCUGGGGGAGUGUAUGAGGACGAUGGGAUACAUGCCGACAGAGAUGGAGCUCAUUGAACUGAGCCAGCAGAUCUGUGGGGGUAAAGUGGACUUUGAGGACUUUGUGGAGCUGAUGGGACCCAAGAUGCUCGCAGAGACAGCGGACAUGAUCGGAGUCAAAGAACUACGGGAUGCAUUCAAAGAGUUUGACUCUAACGGUGACGGUCAGAUCAGUUUAACUGAGCUGCGUGAAGCCAUGAAGAAGCUGAUGGGAGAACAAGUGACCAACAGAGAGAUCAACGAGAUCCUGCGAGAUGUCGACCUCAACGGAGACGGCCUGGUGGACUUUGAGGAGUUUGUGCGAAUGAUGUCCCGCUGACCCAGCCCAGCUGCCCACAUGUCAGAUGGACAGACAGACAUUAUGCAACUGCUGGAUUAGAGAACACACUACAUUGUAGUGAACAUGCUUCAUCUGCUUGUAACAGCACACAUCUAAAAUUAUAUUUUUCUAUUGAAUGAAGAAAAAAGAAUAAAAGGCUUUGAAUUGAAAAAUCAAGCCGACAUUUAA